CUAGUAUAUAAGGCCCCAAGGGUCCACUGCUUACAUGUCAGUCACAUCGGCUUGGCGUAGGCUUCUCUUCUUGACCAACAACAACCCCACAAACUUGAGAGAUGGCACCCAAGAAGGCCAAGAGGAGGCAGCAGCAGGGUGAGGGUGGAUCCUCCAAUGUGUUCUCCAUGUUUGAGCAGAGCCAGAUCCAGGAGUACAAGGAGGCUUUCACAAUCAUCGACCAGAACAGAGAUGGCAUCAUCAGCAAGGACGACCUCAGGGACGUGCUGGCUACCAUGGGCCAACUGAAUGUGAAGAAUGAGGAGCUGGAGGCCAUGGUGAAGGAGGCCAGCGGUCCCAUCAACUUCACUGUUUUCCUGACCAUGUUCGGCGAGAAGCUGAAGGGUGCUGAUCCCGAGGACGUUAUUGUGAGCGCUUUCAAGGUCCUGGACCCCGAGGGCACUGGCUCCAUCAAGAAGGAAUUCCUUGAGGAGCUCCUGACCACCCAGUGCGACAGGUUCACCGCUGAGGAGAUGACCAACCUGUGGGCUGCCUUCCCCCCUGAUGUGGCUGGCAAUGUGGACUACAAGAACAUCUGCUACGUCAUCACACACGGAGAGGAGAAGGAGGAGGAGUAAAUCUCCCUUUCUCAAGCUCUCUACCUCCGUUCAAAGCCAUACUCUACUCACCAUCUACUCACUCCGUCUUCUCCAACACUGUGGCUUCCUUGCACACGCUCGCGCCCUGGUCCACUCUUUCCGCUUGCCAGCUCACUCAAAGACUUGUCUCCUUUAUUGAGAUACUCAGUGAGAGGACUGAAGGCCGUGGGGGUGUUUGUGUGUGAGUACCAACAGGGGAACAUGGGAUUAUUUUCAAUAAAAAUAAUCUUGUGACACUGAAACACUCUCCCUAUCUCUGUCCCUGCCUCUUGUUCCUCCUCCUUUUCCUCCCAUCACUCAUUCUGUCCUUCUGUGUUAAGGCCAGCAGUGCAUGUAUCAUACCUACGUGCAGCGUGUACGCAUAUGCAGUCCAGUGUAUACCACGGUCAGUCAAAAAAAAAAACAGUCUCUUGGGUGCUGUGGUGCAUGCGCAGUCACUUAUUUGAAACAAGUAAGCAGCC